AUGAGAGAGAGAGAAAAUCAAGGAGACGUGCAAAGUGAUGAAACCCUCCUAAACCAACCAGUGAGGCAGUAUGCUCGGCCCUCUAGAAAGAAACAAGAGUUCCCAAGUCAGCUUCAGGACCUGCAUCCAUCCUUGCUGAAGCAUGAAUAUGCAUCUGUCCCACUUGCACAAUCGGUAGAUGAUGUGGUGAAGAAACUGCUUAUGCUGGAGCUUGCAAAUCAUAGUGAAAAACUUUGUUUGAAAGAGGAACAGCUUAUUGCCAAGGUGCGGAGGGAUGAGAAUGACCGCAGCUCAACAGAAGUCAAUGUGGGGAUUUUGACAGCGCGUAUUCGCAACUUCCAGGAGCACUUGCACAAGCACCCUAAGGAUAAAGCCAACAAAAGAUGGAUGCUCAUGGCCAUCGACAGCAGGAAGAAAAAGCUGAAGUUUCUGAGAAGGACCCGUUAUGAUUCCUUCGAGAAGGUGUGUCAAGAACUUGGAAUCACAUACACGUUCCCUCCUGAAUAUUAUCGGUGGAUCACUCGACGUUGGCUGGCAAAAAAGGCCUUCUGCAAUAAGGUCUUUCAAGAAGUCCAGAAACAAAAAGCAGAGCAGAGAGAGAAACAGAGAGCAGCAGAAGCUAAGGGAAAGGAGCCAAGAUCCUAUACAGAACCACAAGGAACUGUGGCGUAGAGAUGUUCAGACAGCUGACAAGACUCGUGUACUGAAAAGUCCAGAAGAACAAUCUGAUACAUCCUCUUUUGAUUCAUACUUGGCUUUCAAAGAAAAACUAAAAAGAACCAUCAUGCUCCACAUCAAAUUAUCUGCAUGUUGUCAUUUAUUUUUCCUUUUCAAUGGUAAGUCACUCUCUGA